GUCUGACGUCAGGACGCAAUCCCCGAACCCGAGGCCGAGGCUGUAAACAAUAAAACCCAACCCGUCCAUCAUCCAUGCGCUAAACAUGCAUUUGUCCGCGAUGACGGCUGUGUUGUCUGUGCUGCUAUGGCUCUUCUGCGCCCUCAGGUCCGCUCGAGGUGCGUCUGGGAGCCCCCUGAGCAGGUACAUCCGUCACUACGAGGGUCUGUGGUACGACAGGGAUGUGCUGCACAGUCAGCACACGAGGGCCAAGAGAGCGCUGUCUCUACAGGAGCGAGAGCUGCAGCUGGACUUCCACGCGCACGGCAGACAUUUCAACCUGCGAAUGAGGCGAGACACCAGACUGUUUUCAGACGACUUUAAGCUGGAGAUGUCUGGAGAGGAGCUGGACUACGACACCUCACACAUCUACAGCGGAGAACUGUACGGUGAACAGGGCUCUCUGACGCACGGAUCGGUCGUGGACGGGCAGUUCGAGGGCUUCAUUCAGACCCAUCGAGGGACGUAUUACGUGGAGCCGAUCGAGAGAUACCUGCAGGACAAGAAGGUCCCGUUCCACUCCGUCAUCUACCACGAGGACGACAUCCAGUAUCCGCACAAAUACGGCCCAGAAGGCGGCUGCGCAGAUUCGUCUGUGUUUGAGAGAAUGAAGAAGUAUCAGGCGUCAGCGCUGGAGGAACUGGCCAAGGAGGAUCACGUGUUGCUGAGGAAGAGGAGGAUGACACAGGUGGAGAAGAACACCUGCCAGCUCUUCAUCCAAACCGAUCACCUCUUCUACAAGUACUACAAGAGCAGAGAGGCCGUGAUCGCUCAGAUCUCCAGUCACGUCAAGGCCAUCGAUGCCAUCUACCAGGGCACAGACUUCAUGGGCAUCCGCAACAUCAGCUUCAUGGUCAAGAGGAUACGGAUAAACACCACGAGUGACGAGCGCGAUCGCUCCAACCCCUUCCGCUUCGCUAACAUCGGCGUGGAGAAGUUCCUGGAGCUGAACUCGGAGCAGAAUCAUGAUGAUUACUGUCUGGCGUAUGUCUUCACCGACCGGGACUUUGACGACGGCGUGCUGGGUCUGGCCUGGGUCGGGGCUCCAGCCGGGAGCUCUGGGGGGAUCUGUGAGAAGAACAAGCUGUAUUCUGAUGGGAAGAAGAAGUCUCUGAACACUGGGAUCAUCACAGUGCAGAACUACGCCUCGCACGUGCCUCCUAAAGUCUCACACAUUACCUUCGCUCACGAGGUCGGACACAACUUCGGUUCCCCGCAUGACUCCGGGUCGGAGUGCACUCCUGGCGAGUCUAAGAGCCAGGAUAAGAAGGAGCGAGGGAACUACAUCAUGUACGCUCGAGCCACUUCCGGAGACAAGCUGAACAACAACAAGUUCUCCGUCUGCAGCGUCAAGAACAUCAGCCAGGUGCUGGAGAAGAAGCGCGGCAGCUGUUUCGUGGAGUCUGGACAGCCCAUCUGUGGGAACGGUCUGGUGGAGCCGGGCGAGGAGUGUGAUUGUGGCUACAGUGAUCAGUGUAAAGAUGAGUGCUGCUAUGAUGCUAAUCAGCCAGACAACAGGAAGUGCAAACUCAAGCCCAACAAAAUCUGCAGUCCGAGUCAGGGCCCCUGCUGCAGGGCCGAGUGCUCCUACAAGGGCCGGAACGAGAAGUGUCGUGAGGAGUCGGAGUGUGCUCAUCAGGGCAUGUGUAACGGUGCCUCGGCCCAGUGCCCCACCUCAGAGCCCAAAGCUAACUUCACCGCCUGCCACGGGGACACGCAGGUCUGCCUGAACGGGGGCUGCUCCGGCUCCAUCUGUGAGAAGUAUGGGCUGGAGGUCUGCACCUGUGCCAGUGUGGAUGGCAAAGACGAGACUGAGCUCUGCCACGUGUGCUGCAUGGAGAAGAUGAACCCCAGCACCUGCAGCAGUACAGGCUCUGAACGUCUCGCUCGCUUCUUCAAUAAGAAGGUCACCACUCUUCAAGCCGGCUCGCCGUGCAACGACUUCAAGGGCUACUGCGACGUCUUCAUGAAGUGUCGUCUGGUGGACGCUGAUGGUCCUCUGGCGCGCCUGAAGAAGGCCAUCUUCAACCCAGAGCUGUAUGAGAACAUUGCCGAAUGGAUCGUGGCUCACUGGUGGGCAGUUCUGCUUAUGGGAAUUGCUCUCAUCAUGCUCAUGGCUGGAUUCAUUAAGAUCUGCAGCGUUCACACGCCCAGCAGCAACCCCAAACUUCCUCCUCCCAAACCACUGCCAGGUACGCUGAAGAGACGACGAGCUCAACAAGCCAGUCAGCAGCAGCACCAUCAGCACCACAACCAGAACCAGAACCAGCACGCUCUCCAGAACCAACGAGCGGCUCCACGCCAGGCUCAGCGCCAGCCGCAGCCCCAGCGCCACCGGCAGCCCCGCGACAACUACCAGAUGGGUCAGAUGAGACGCUGAGAGCUGCCUCAUCCACC